CCAGCAAUGCUGCACCAUUUUAAUCGCUGCAAGAAUCAACCGGUAGCGGAACGAAAGUGGCACACGUGUUCGAUCUGCCAGGCCAAUUUCAGCCGGCCCUUAGAGCUGCGAGAUCAUCUCAACAAGCACAAGGGUAUCAAACCGUACCAGUGUCGGAAGGCAAACUGCGACGCCCAUUUCUACGGGGCUCGUGCCAGAAUCACCCACGAGCACUACUGCGGCUCCGUCCCGCUUGAGUGCCAAGUCUGCGGCAAGAUUUUCAAGACAAAGUCACGGUUGACCCGCCACCAAACGGUUCACUCGGAGGAGCGUAACUUCCCGUGCAGUGUUUGUACGAAGCGCUUCAAGAGCAGCUACGCUGCGAGCGUUCACAUGCGCAUUCAUACGCAGGAGAAGCCGUUUUGCUGUCCAGUUUGUGCGCAAGGAUUUGCGUACAAGUGUCUGGUCAAACCGCACCUGGAGAAGUGUCACGCGUCGAAGGAGGACUAAGUUUGGCGGAUUUUUGAAUGGAAAUCAGUCUUAACUAGUUGGU